AUGACCCGCUCUUCUAUAAAGGAAUUGGCUAAUUACGAUCCUGAAAUUGAAAGAUAUCUUCGAUUGCGCAGGAAGGAAAAAACAUCAUCUUCUCAAGGAGCAACUUGUGAAGAAAUGGAAAACCAGGAAGCAGAGGACAUUAACCCACUUGGAAUCCCACCUCCAGUCCAUGUAGAGGAGCAAUUUGAUGAAGUGGCGCCAAGGCCAGCAAACAGAAUCCUUAGGGAUUAUGCUAGACCUGAUCGCUUCAACUGUGAAUCUAGUGUCAGGAAGCCCCCAGUGGCAGCCAACAACUUUGAAAUCAGGACCGGCCUGAUUCAGACAAUUCAACAAUCCUGUAUCUUCACUGGUGAUACAAGUGAAGACCCACAUAGUCAUUUAAUUGAUUUUCUAGAACUGGUAGAAACUGCUAAGUAUAAUGGAGUACCUCCUGAAGCUAUCAAGUUAAGGCUAUUUCCUUUUUCUUUAAAAGGAGAUGCAAAGACUUGGUUGCGAAGUCUGCCUCAAGGGUCCAUUACGACAUGGGACCAGAUGACUCAGAAGUUUUUAAAUAAAUAUUUUUCCCCUGCUAAAACAACAAAGUUAAGACAAGAUAUAUCUAAUUUCUUGCAGACUGACACUGAGUCAGUUUAUCAAGCUUGGGAAAGAUUAAAAGCAAUGUUAAGAAAAUGCCCACACCAUGACAUUCCUGAACAUAUGCAAUUAUACAUUUUUUAUCAUGGGCUAAAACCCUCUGCUAGAAAUGUGAUAGAUGCAGCUGCAGGAGGUUCUGUAAUGGGAAAAACCAUAGAGGAAGCAUUGCAACCGUUGAAUGAAAUUUCUGAGAAUGCUAUCCAAUGGCCAUCUGAGCGUAUAAUUAAAAAGGCUGCUACGGUAAAUCAGGUUGAUGCUUUAAAUACAUUAACGCAGCAGAUUGUUUCUUUGGCACAAAAGUUUGAAUCUUUUCAGGUGAAUACACAACAAUCAAACCAAUCUGAGUCUUGUGACAUGUGCGGAGGAAACUACCAGAACCAUGAGUGUCAAGCAACCAAUCAAACGGAGGAACAGGUUAAUGUCAUCGGUUACAAGUCAUAUCCUUUUGGGAGUCCAAUAGCACAGAAGCAUCUAGAAUUUCAGUGGAAUAACCCAAAUGGUGCAGAAAACUCUCAAAGCUUCCAGAAACAACAGGUACAAGGUUCGCCGGGAUACCAGAGUCAAAAUCGUGGGCAACCGAGUUACAGACCUUAUCAGCAAGUAGGACCAUAUCAACAAGCAGGGUCAUACCAGCAAAGGCCCCAACAAGCUUAUCCAAGUCUUGAUGAACUUUUGUACAAGUAUAUUAAGGUCACUGAUGAAAAGAUGGAAAGCCAAAAUUCAUCCCUCAAAAAUCUGGAAAUUCAAUUAAGCCAAUUGGCAGCUCUUGUGUCAGAAAAGAUUCAGGGUCCCUUACCAAGCAAUACAGAGAAAAAUCCAAAGGAGCACCUUAAGGCCAUCACUUUACGGUCAGGUAAGGAACUUGAUGAAUCUUAUGCAGGCAGACAAGAAAAGAACCAGACAGAACAACAGGUAGACAAGGGUAAGAAUUUUGAAAAACCAUCUGAACCAUCAAAGGAGAAAGAAAUAAAGAAUAAAGAAGAAAAAUUUUCUGAAGAAAUGGCUGCCCCACCUGUGACAACCUUUUCCACAAAAAAUGAAACGAGAAAAGCUUGA